AAGGGUUUGUGCAAGUUUCAUUUCCACUGUAAUUCAACAUCGCUCACUCAUUCUAUCAGAUAUGAAUUGCUCCUCAAAACUCUUUUGCUUCAUUUUUCUAUAAUAAUUCUGAUGCCCCUUUUAUUCACCCCCAACAUUGCGCAAUCAGAUAGUUGUACAGAGAGAGCUGAGUACUGCUGGAACUGUAUCUCCAAAGAUGGCAAUCUCACCCAUGCAAGCACCAUCUACAAACAGAACCUCCACAGCCUCCUCACCUCCUUUGUAUUAGAAACUAAUAACAAUUAUGGGUUCUACAAUUCUUCCUGGGGACAAAACCCAGACAAAGUUAACGCAAUCGCACUCUGCAGAGGAGAUGUUGUGCCAAACGAGUGUCGGGAUUGUAUAAAAGAGGCGAGUAAAAGGCUUUUAAUGAAUUGUCCCAACGGAAAGGAAGCGAUCAUUUGGGGGGAGCGUUGUUUGGUACGCUACUCCAACAGCUCCAUAUUUUAUAUGAUGAAAGAAGCCCCAUUCAAGUUGGUGCCCAGUCCCAAUCCAUCAAAGGCCGGUGCGGAACGGUACAAGAAGACUCUCGAUCCAUUACUAGAAAGCCUAAUAAGGAAAGCUUCAUCGGGAGAUUCUCGUAGAAAGUUUGCAUAUGGUAACACAAAGGUCCCAGAUGCUGAAGACAUAUAUGCACUUGUACAGUGCACGCCAGAUUUGAGCCAGCAAGAUUGCAGUGAUUGCUUAGUGAAUUCUACUUUACAAAUUCCAGGCUGCUGUGCUGGAAAAAGUGGAGGAAGAGUCCUUAAACCCAGCUGUACUCUCAGGUAUGAGUAUGGUGCUUUCUACAAUGUGCCACCACCAGACGAUAGCUGUACGGAGAGAGCUGAGUACUGCUGGAACUGUAUCUCCGAACACGGCAAUCUCACCUAUGCAAGCACCAUCUACAAACAGAACCUCCAUAGCCUCCUCACCUCCUUCGUAUCAGAAACCAAUAACAAUGACGGGUUCUACAAUUCUUCCUGGGGACAAAACCCAGACAAAGUUAAUGCAACCGCGCUCUGCAGAGGAGACAUUGUGCCAAACGAGUGUCGAGAUUGUAUAAACGAGGCGAGUAAAAGGAUUUUAAUGAAUUGUCCCAACCGAAAGGAAGCGAUCAUCUGGGGCGAGCGCUGUUUGGUGCGCUACUACAACAGCGCCAUAUUUUAUACGAAGAAAGAAGCCCCAUUCAAGUUGGUGCCCAGCCCCAAUCCAUCAAAGGCCGGUGCGGAACGGUAUAAGAAGACUCUUGAUCCUUUACUAGAAAGCCUAAUAAGGAAAGCUUCAUCGGGAGAUUCUCUUAGAAAGUUUGCAUAUGGUAAUACAAAAGUCCCAGAUGCUGAAGACAUAUAUGCACUUGUACAGUGCACGCCAGAUUUGAGCCAGCAAGGUUCCAGCGAUUGCUUAGUGAAUUCUACUUUAGAAAUUCCAGGCUGUUGUGCUGGAAAAAGUGCAGGAAGAGUUCUUAAACCCAGCUGUACUCUCAGGUAUGAGUAUGGUGCUUUCUACAAUGUGUCCGAAUACGGUGGUCUACCACCACCAGAUGGUACGUAAAAUGGGGAUUGCAUAAACGAGGCGAGUAAAAGGCUUUUAAUGAAUUUUCCCAACCGAAAGGAAGCUAUCAUCUGGGGCGAGCGCUGUUUGGUACGCUACUCCAAUAGCUCCAUAUUUUAUAUGAAGUGUUGCAAUUAAUCUGCACAUUUAUCAAGAGAAAUUAAAAAUAAAUAAAUAUUUGUUUCUAGAAUUACUUAGGCAGUCAAUAUAUAAGUAUAGUAUAGAAAGCGAUGAUGAUAUUUAUAUAAAUUAUGGAAAUUGAUACAGAUAUUUAUAUAAGUUUGAUUUGACUUUCUAGAACAUUCAUGAACGAUUUUAGUCUUGUAUAAAUAGGAAGGUACUGCUUCGACAACAUGUAUAUAACAAUUACAUUAAAAAAAAAGUUAAUUAUAAUUUAUUUUCCUUUC